AGCGGCAGUAGCAGGCUUGGAGGGUUCAUGUCAUCCUCGCAGCGGAACUUGGUUGUUGUUAUCAAAUUAACGGAGUGAUUUUUAGUCGCUGAACGGAUCGGGAAGCGUACAUACGGAAUUCCUCUAAAGCUCUGCACUGUAUGCAACUGUUGGAGCUCCAUCGGUAACCUUACCUGCUGUUGCGUUGAAAGUUGGCAAAAAAAGGUGAUUUCAUGCGUUCAUUGUCGCUCAACUGCAUGAGUGUAGAAAAAGUGCAAUCCUUUCCUGAGAUAUCCGCCGAAAAAAUCUCAACUGCAUCGUCCGGUAUUGUGGUGGUCUUUGGGCACUGUCCAACCAACGUUUGAUUAGGACUACAGUACGGAAGUCGGUCCGACAAGUGGAUGUUAAUUGGAUUUUUCAGUGUACCGUUCGACACAAGUGAGCAUCGUGAAUGCAUAUCAUCAAAUUUUUCUUUUGGCGUUACCCGAUUCGGAAGUCUAGCUGCAUUUUGACAGUAGUGAACCUGAUUCAUCUCACCGCGAGCACAGCAAUUAAUGUGUGCAAUUGAAAAGGAUUAACGCGUGACGUGUGCCUAUCGGAACAAACGAGCGGAAAAAGAUCCGUGCCGUUGCUGAGCGCGAGUGCAUCGUCAGAGAUCAAAUGGGAUAAUUUCGUUGGUGUCCGUGGAAAACGUUGUGAGAAAAAAUAAGUGUUAGCUCGUUCUAGGAUAGACAGUUGGGUGAAUGUUUUCGUUCCGUAACAUGGAAGGCUCGACGGUUUUGCAGGAUAACAAAACAGGUUUCAAUAAAACAUCCAUUGCCGAGUUCUAUGACAAAUUGGAAAAAGACGAAGGUGGCCUUCAGAGUGGUCGAGGGUUCGGAAUUGACGAUUCAGGCCAUGGGGCACUCAGCAGGAUCGAAAAUGGAAAAGCAGAUCAUCGCGGGUCUCCGGUAUCCUGCUACUCACCACAAAAUCGACUUCUGCCGUGGCCACCCCAGCAUCUAACUUCGGCCAGUGAAAGUGGCACUGUUAGUUCACGAAAGUCGCAGAAUCUGGGACUGAUUUGCGUGGUGUGUGGAGAUACCAGCUCCGGCAAGCACUAUGGUAUUCUCGCCUGCAACGGAUGUUCGGGAUUCUUCAAGCGCAGCGUGCGACGAAAGUUAAUCUACAGGUGUCAGGCUGGCACGGGGAAUUGUACAGUGGAUAAGGCUCACAGAAAUCAGUGUCAAGCAUGUCGGCUGAAAAAAUGUCUCAACAUGGGAAUGAAUAAAGACGCGGUCCAAAAUGAGCGUCAACCACGUAACACGGCAACAAUCAGACCGGAGACACUGCGGGACAUGGAACAGGGUCGUGCCCUGCGGGAAGCUGCGGUCGCGGUCGGCGUUUUCGGGCCACCGGUAUCGCUUGCGCUUCUGUCGCCCUCUCGAUAUGGUCCAAGCAUUCUUCCGGCACCGGCCUUACCCACUAGUCAAUUUCUGCACCACCACAGCCAGGUUUCCUCACUGGUCAACAGCCUCCCCCAUCACCACCCACAUCAUCCUCACCAUGCAAUGCACGGCUUAGCCAAUGGCCUCAGCCUGGGUCUCAACGGAGUCAACGCAGUCGGCCACAACAUCUCGGCUGCUGCGCCUAUUUCGGCCACCUCCAACAGUAACAACAAUAAUAAUAACAACAACAAUAGUCCCUUGGUCAACAACAACAAUCUCAGCUCGACGGAGAAUCUCAACAACACCCAAUCAUCGAACCAUUCCAACGCCAGCGAGCAGCACUCCCCGGCUGGAGGAUCGCCGGUGCAUCGUCGGAACUCAAACACCCCGGGUUGUCAGAACUCCGCGAGUCAGGAGAACUCCUUGGUUAAACAGCAUACCCACAGCACAUCCUCGUGCGGAUCGGCAAGUCCGAUUCUCCAGGAGGAUACCGCCAACGACAACGACGAUGAUUCAAUCGAUGUCACGAACGAUGAGGACGUGGAACCUGUCCAGAACAACUCGACCAUUCCCAGCCUUGUAAAUCAUCCCUUGUAUGGUCAAAGUCCGAUGUUCAACUUUCAAGAAACGAUUUACGAAACCAGCGCUAGGCUACUGUUUAUGGCGGUGAAGUGGGCGAAGAAUUUACCCAGCUUCGCGAGUUUAACCUUCAGAGAUCAGGUCAUAUUACUGGAGGAAUCGUGGGCGGAACUGUUUCUUCUCAAUGCCAUCCAGUGGUGCAUGCCUAUUGACACCGCUGCCUGCACACUGUUCUCACUUAAUGAACACUGUUCGAGCGUAAACAACUCGGGAAUCUUCAAACCUGGACAGGUGGGUUUUGUACGCAAUAUUUCGGUUUUGCAUAUUAAAACGAUGUCUAUCUUAUUCCAGCUAGCGCAAGAUUUACGAGUAUUGAAUGACACCCUCUGUCGGUUCAAAUCCGUAAUGGUAGAUCCAGCCGAAUUCGCUUGUAUGAAAGCGAUUGUGCUUUUCCGAUCGGAAGCGCGUGGGCUGAAAGAUCCUGUGCAGAUUGAAAAUCUUCAGGACCAAGCGCAGGUCAUGUUGGCACAACACUCUCGAACCCAGUUCCCGGGUCAAAUCGCGCGUUUCGGAAGGCUACUGCUGAUGCUGCCGCUGCUGCGGAUCAUCAACUCGCAUAAAAUCGAAUCGAUCUACUUCCAGAAGACGAUCGGCAACACCCCGAUGGAGAAGGUUCUUUGUGAUAUGUACAAAAAUUAGCGGCACAAAUUUGCUUUAUUACUGGCCCAAAUAUGUGAAUAUAGCGUAAGACUAGUCUAAAACACGUAUAGAUAGUUAAAAAUCCACACCCACACACAUAACGCAAUAGGAUAGGAGACAGCUCGCCAAUUAUCGUUUCGUUUUCGGGACGUUUGUCAAUUUUAUUGUGCACAGACGAGUCGGAAAGACGAAAAAAAGUGCAUCCAAUUUGGAUCAUUUGCGUAAUUAUUGGAGUGUUCCGUUUUAUGUUCCCCGUUCCGAACCACAAUUUUGUUCAUAAAACAGAACUAAUCGAAAAACAACAACGAGUUUAGCUAUUAAAACUGAUUCGAGGCUGCCAGGCUCAUUCCAACCCACCUAACUUAACUGGCGCUCGUAGUUUCACUCCAACCCCCCCUCCAAUUUGGGGGCGAAACUUCACAUUAGUAAACUCGUGCGUAAAUUAUCAUGCGGUCACAUUUCACAUCACGUGUGGAAUUUUGCUUCGCUAUACUUUUUUUCCCUCUCGUCUGCUUCAGCUCUCUCCAAUCUCGUCCCACUUCGAACUUCUGCACCGGACAGCUCGUU